AUCGUUCUGAUCGGAUUCCGUCACCGUAGAUAGGUUCGCUCGUUCUCUUUUAGCCUUCCGUAAAGCUCUUUUAUCUUGGACGUGGGGAAUUUGAGGCUAGGAAAUUUCGACGGCGGGAAAAAAAAAAAAAGCCCACGCGACCAUUGGGAAGCGGGAAAAACCGGGGGAAAAAAAAAAACCCCGUCCGCACCUCUGCUGCCACCUAACGCUCGGCGGGAGAUUUGCAACCGAGCCCUUAUAGCCCUCGAGGGGCGAGCGCACUAAGCGAAGGCCGACCUGCACAUGCGUGAUGAUCAUUAGAAGCGCCAGAAAUACGAAGCGCAUGCUCACUUGAAGGAUGGACUGCUGAUUUGGAAAGCACCACAAACCUGGUCCUAUAGCUUGGCUGGUCUGCUUUCUGCUUUAUUUAUCUAUUACUAGUUUUUUGAAUUGAACUUUUAAUAACCUGCCAGCUGCUCUUUAGACACACAUGGUGCAUUGUUGUCAUUCCCAGAAUCACAUCUUUGAAAUCCAGGACCUUGGUAACCUUCUUCAAACAAAGAGGCGACCUCAAGGAUAAUAUCUACAGGAGGACUUUUCAAACCUGCCGCCCUCUAGUUUCACUUUUGUCUCCGCCUUCUUUCUAGAACAUUAUGGAACCCACAAUGGAGUCCUGCUUGAUGCAGGUCCUGCAGAAAGAUGUUGGGAAACGACUUCAGGUUGGCCAAGAACUGAUAGAUUAUUUCUCAGAUAAACAGAAAUCUGCUGACCUUGAACAUGAUCAGACCAUGCUGGACAAAAUGGUUGAUGGCCUUGCUACCUCGUGGGUAAAUUCCAGCAAUUAUAAGGUUGUCCUGCUGGGCUUGGACAUCUUAUCUGCACUUGUGUCACGGCUCCAAGAUAGAUUUAAAGCUCAAAUUGGCACAGUGUUACCUAGUCUAAUUGACAGACUGGGAGAUUCAAAAGACUCUGUACGAGAGCAGGAUCAGGCCCUGCUGUUAAAAAUCAUGGAGCAAGCUGCUAGUCCCCAGUACGUGUGGGACAGAAUUUUGGGAGGAUUCAAACACAAGAAUUUCCGGACAAGAGAAGGAAUUUGCCUCUGCCUUAUUGCAACACUUAAUGCAUCUGGAGCUCAGAGUUUAACCUUGAGCAAGAUUGUGCCCCAUAUAUGUAACUUACUUGGUGACCCAAACAGCCAGGUUCGUGAUGCAGCAAUAAAUAGCCUUGUAGAAAUCUACAGACAUGUAGGUGAACGUGUAAGAGCUGAUCUCAGCAAAAAAGGAUUGCCACAGUCUCGGCUGAACAUAAUUUUUACAAAAUUUGAUGAAGUCCAGAAAUCAGGCACCAUGAUUCAGGGAGCUGGUGAUAAACAUUUUGAUGAUGAUGACUCAGUGGAUGGGAACCGACCAUCCUCAGCCAGUUCCUCAACCUCUUCAAAGGCUCCCUCAUUAUCUCGAAAAACUGGGACGGGCACUGCUCGAAGGGUAGGAGCAGUAGCUUUAGUCGCAAAAACUCCAGCAACUAAAGAAGGAGCUGGUGCCAUUGAUGAGGAGGAUUUCAUUAAAGCUUUUGAAGAUGUCCCAACCGUUCAGAUUUAUUCUAGCCGAGACUUUGAAGAAUCCAUAAACAAAAUCAGAGAAAUUCUGUCUGAUGAUAAACAUGAUUGGGAACAGAGAGUAGCUGCACUGAAAAAAAUCCGGUCUUUAUUAUUGGCUGGAGCUGCGGAGUAUGAUAGCUUCUUUCAACAUCUGCGCUUACUUGAUGGAGCCUUUAAAUUAUCUGCUAAAGACUUGAGGUCCCAGGUAGUGCGAGAAGCUUGUAUCACAUUAGGAUAUUUGUCAUCGGUAUUGGGUAACAAGUUUGACCAUGGGGCAGAAGCCAUCAUGCCAACAAUCUUUAAUCUCAUUCCCAACAGUGCCAAAAUCAUGGCCACUUCUGGCAUAGUAGCUGUGAGAUUAAUUAUUCGACAUACACACAUCCCUAGACUAAUUCCCAUCAUCACCAGUAACUGUAUCUCCAAAUCAGUUGCAGUUAGAAGGCGGUGUUUUGAAUUUUUAGAUUUACUUUUGCAGGAAUGGCAGACACACUCCCUGGAAAGGCAUGUAUCAGUAUUGGCUGAAACCAUCAAGAAAGGAAUCCAUGAUGCUGACUCCGAAGCACGGAUAAAAGCCAGAAAGUGUUACUGGGGCUUCCACAAUCAUUUUAGUCGAGAAGCGGAACAUUUGUUUAAUUCACUGGAAUCCUCAUACCAGAAAGCCCUGCAGUCUCACUUGAAGAAUUCUGAUAGCAUAGUGUCUUUGCCUCAGUCCGAUCGCUCCUCUUCUAGUUCCCAGGAGAGUCUCAACCGUCCAUUGUCUACCAAAAGAAGCCCAACUGGAAGCACUACUUCACGAGCUUCUGCAGUUAGUGUGAAAUCUGCGUCAACAUCAGGGUCUCUCCAGCGUUCUCGCAGUGACAUUGAUGUGAAUGCAGCAGCCAGUGCCAAAUCCAAAGUAACAUCUUCUGGUUCAGAUUCCCCCUUCAGUUCUGCUGCAGCCCUGCCUCCAGGCUCAUAUGCAUCUCUUGAUGGUACUACCAGUAAAGCUGAGGGUCGAAUUCGCACAAGGAGGCAAAGCUCUGGAAGCACCAGUAGUAUCACUUCAACACCUGCUGACACUCGAGGCCGCAGUCGGGCUAAAGUAGUUUCACAGUCCCAGCGAUCCAGAUCAGCUAACCCUGCAGGUGCUGGUAGUCGAUCCAGCUCUCCUGGCAAGCUGUUGGGAAGUGCAUAUGGUGGGCUUAGCAGUGGAACAACCAGAGGACACCCAGUGCCAACACCAUCCUCAUCUACUGACAAACGCAGUAAAGUCCCUCGAAGCCAGGGCUGCAGCCGAGAGACCAGCCCUAGCAGGAUGGCUUUAGCACGGAGCAGCCGUAUCCCCCGACCCAGCGUGAGUCAGGGGUGCAGCCGCGAUACCAGCCGUGAGAGCAGCCGAGAUACAAGCCCUGCUCGGGGCUUUCCUCCACUUGCCUCUCGACGCCAUUCCAGAUCCACUAGUGCUCUCUCCACUGCUGAUUCUGUUGGGCAGUCAGAACGGUUUGGGCUUGGCCAGCCAGGCAGGUUGCCUGCCUCUAUGAAUGCAAUGCGAGUUCUGAGUACAAGCACAGAUCUGGAGACUGCUGUGGCAGAUGCAUUGCUCUUAGGAGACUCCAGAAGCAAGAAAAAACCAGUGAGAAGAAGGUAUGAACCAUAUGGGAUGUAUUCUGAUGAUGAUGCAAACAGCGAUGCCUCCAGUGCAUGCUCAGAGCGGUCCUAUGGUUCCCGCAAUGGAGGCAUCCCACACUACCUGCGACAGACAGAAGAUGUAGCGGAGGUCUUAAACCACUGUGCUAGUUCCAACUGGUCUGAAAGGAAAGAAGGGUUAAUUGGCUUGCAAAACCUAUUGAAGAGCCAGAGAACAUUAAGCCGUGUGGAGUUGAAAAGGUUAUGUGAAAUCUUCACACGUAUGUUUGCAGACCCCCACAGCAAGGUUUUCAGCAUGUUUCUUGAAACUUUGGUAGACUUCAUCAUUAUUCACAAAGAUGAUUUGCAGGACUGGCUCUUUGUUCUUCUGACACAGUUACUGAAGAAGAUGGGUGCUGACCUGCUGGGAUCAGUGCAGGCCAAAGUGCAGAAAGCUCUGGAUGUAACAAGAGAUUCUUUUCCAUUUGACCAACAAUUUAAUAUUUUGAUGAGGUUUAUCGUAGAUCAGACCCAAACACCAAACCUUAAGGUAAAAGUGGCAAUAUUAAAAUACAUUGAAUCCUUGGCUAGACAAAUGGAUCCUACAGAUUUUGUAAACUCCAGUGAGGCUAAACUUGCAGUUUCUAGGAUUAUUACCUGGACAACAGAACCAAAGAGCUCAGAUGUAAGAAAGGCAGCACAAAUAGUCCUGAUCUCUCUGUUCGAAUUGAACACUCCCGAGUUUACCAUGUUACUUGGUGCCUUGCCAAAAACAUUCCAGGAUGGUGCUACCAGACUAUUACAUAACCACCUCAAGAACUCCAGCAACACUAGUGUGGGUUCUCCUAGUAAUACUGUUGGCCGAACCCCUUCACGUCAUCCUAGCAGCAGAACCAGCCCCUUAACUUCACCUACCAAUUGUUCUCAUGGAGGAUUAUCACCCAGUCGUUUCUGGGGUUGGAGUGCAGAUGGGCUGUCGAAGCACCCCCCUCCCCUUUUUCAGCCUAACUCCAUCCCCGCUGCUCCUUCUCACAAGACUUUCAGGCGCUCUUACUCUCCCAGCAUGCUGGAUUAUGACACGGAAAACCUAAAUUCUGAUGAAAUUUAUAGUUCUCUUCGUGGAGUCACAGAGGCUAUAGAAAAAUUUAGUUUUCGUAGCCAAGAGGAUCUAAAUGAGCCAAUCAAACGUGAUGGAAAGAAGGACAGUGAUAUUGUUUCCAGAGAUGAUGGUAUAGCCUCACCAGCCACUGAAAUGCGUGGAAGCAGUGAUGUGGUAGAAGGUGGAAGGAUGGCUCUGGAUAACAAGACUUCCCUGCUCAACACCCAGCCCCCACGUGCCUUUUCUGGACCCCGAGCUCGAGAGUACAACCCUUACCCCUACUCUGAUACUAUCAACGCCUAUGAUAAAACUGCUCUUAAGGAAGCCGUAUUUGAUGAUGAUAUGGAUCAGCUUCGGGAUGUGCCCAUUGAUCAUUCUGACUUGGUGGCUGAUCUUUUAAAAGAAUUAUCCAAUCAUAAUGAGCGUGUAGAAGAACGGAAAGGAGCCCUUCUUGAGUUAUUGAAGAUUACAAGAGAAGAUAAUCUGGGAGUUUGGGAGGAACAUUUUAAGACAAUUUUGCUUUUAUUACUUGAAACACUUGGAGAUAAAGAUCAUUCAAUACGAGCCUUGGCACUGAGAGUUUUGCGAGAAAUUCUGAGGAAUCAACCAGCAAGAUUUAAGAACUAUGCUGAACUAACUAUCAUGAAGACCCUAGAAGCGCAUAAAGAUUCUCAUAAAGAGGUUGUGAGAGCUGCCGAGGAAGCUGCUUCCACUUUGGCUAGUUCCAUCCAUCCAGAACAGUGCAUCAAAGUGCUUUGUCCCAUCAUUCAAACAGCUGACUAUCCAAUUAAUCUGGCUGCUAUUAAAAUGCAAACUAAAGUCAUUGAAAGAAUCUCAAAGGAGUCAUUGCAUCAGCUCCUACAAGACAUCAUCCCUGGAUUGUUGCAGGGUUAUGACAACACCGAAAGCAGUGUUCGCAAAGCCAGUGUGUUUUGCCUCGUGGCCAUCUAUUCAGUGAUUGGCGAAGAACUGAAGCCUCAUCUUGCACAACUGACUGGGAGCAAGAUGAAGCUCUUGAAUUUGUAUAUAAAGAGAGCGCAGACGACCAACAGCAACAGCAGCUCAUCCUCAGAUGUUUCUACACACAGUUAAUGGAGAUAUUUGGACAUAUGUGUAGACAUAGAAACAAUCAGCUGUGCCUCUCAGAAACCCUCCCCUCAUCAGCACGCUCCAUCUGCUGAUGGAGGCCAUGCAAAUAUUUAUUGCAAUCAGUAUUUUUAGUCCUUUUAAAGCUUUUUAUUGUAGGAGAUUCUUGGAAUUGAAUAUAAGGGAAGCAAGGCCUGGAUUGCAGUUUUCAUUAAAAAAAACAAGGUAAUAGUG